AUGAUGGCAUCCACUACAGAUGAUUUACCCUCUUGUAGCAAAAUGUCCACCGAGGGCAUAAAAGUUGAUGACAUUGUUAUAAAUAAAAUUCCAGUUGUUUUGCUGACAAAGUUGGAUCCAGACAUCUUUUCUAGGAAAAUAAUUACUGUGGAUGAAAAAGGAAUAACCACAGCUGACACAAAGAAAUCAGAGGCUAAAAAGAGAAGUUACUUGAACGAUGAUGAUGCACUUUCCGAUGUUUCUAUAACAUUUUCGGACAGUGAUGAUAUGCCCAAAGAGUUGACAACCAAUAAGACAGGCAAGAAGGGUGGAAAAGAAAUUGCUAGCAAAGAAUUCAAAAGACAUAAACCAGAUACUUCAUCAGUGAAAGUUGAUAAGUUAAACAGGAAUGGAAAUCUGCAUUCGUCACACAAAUAUGGUGCUCAGAGGAAGGCAGGACCUGUUUCUAAAACAGAUGUUGAUUCACAAGGUCGUCAGUCCAGGCCUGGAGCGUCAUCACAGAGUUCUAAGCAUAAAGCUGGCAAGCGGACUUUAGAGCCUGCUGAAGGUGACUCUCACAGUUCGAAGAAAAGUAAGGCCGAGGUGACAGUGGAGACAAUUAUUGGAAGUCCUUGGCAGGCGACGACGAGCAAGACAGACAAGCCUCACAACAGCAACGCAAGAUACAAGCUGUUCCUCGGUCCAUUCCAUGUGUCAGCGUUGAAAAGUGAGUUGUUCAGAAAGUUCAUCAACUUGGCAGCCGACUGUGUGGUUAGUUUCAACAAGAAGAACGGCACAAUUGGAGCCUAUAAUGGGAGUGUUGACCUCUUCUUUGGAGACUAUUUGACACUUGAGUCGGCCAUGCAGAGACUGUGUCAAUUCCCAGGGUUUGAUGACAAGUCUGUGGUAAAAGGCACCAUCACCUGCUUUGAAAUCAGGCCUGUUGACGGAGAACAAAAAUGGAAGGCACAUUUUACAGCCAAAUUGUUAUUUCGCUUCUGUGCAGAUAAGAAAGAGAAGUUAGAGCGAUUAAUUGCCAAUAAAGGCAGGAAAAUGGAGGACACAAAACGAACAUGUGUCCAGCUACAUCAGAUUCCCUUUCAGAUCAACGAAGAGAUGUUAACCUUGCUCUUCCCAUUUUCCAUUGGUGUUAAAAUUUCAGAGUCUGUGAAGAAAGAUGUGAAAGGGCCCAUUGAGAUUGAGUAUGAGAACAAGGAGUGGAUGGAAGCUGUUCUAGCGUGCUUCCAUAAUUUUUCUGUAUCCGUAAGCCAGCCCUACGACAAGAUCUUCAAGCUUAUCAUCAGGAAUCUUCCUCUACCCAGUGCUAAAUCACAAGAAAAGUCUCCAGUAUCUGUAAAGCAGAGACAGACAACAGGUUUCAACAGAGAUGGGCACUUUCAGAAAGGGAAAAGCAGCCUCUUGGGUAAAUACCAACCAAGAACCACUUCUGUGGGAGAUAGAAAUAUCGGUGCUUUCAACCAGAGCCCACGUGCAAACAUGGGACACGUCAAUAGAGGAGGUCUUAUAAACAGAGGUCUUAUAAACAGAGGAGGUUUUAUAAACAGAGGUGGAUUUGUAAACAGAGGAGGAUCCAUCAACAGAGGAGGAUCCAACAGAGGUCCCAUCCAAAACAGAAGCCCAGUUAUGGCUGACAGAAACAUACAGUCACAAAUGGCAGCUCAACAUGAAGCGAGUCAAGAUGCCAUACGCCAGAUUGCCAUUUCUAAAGGUUUAGACCCAAAUAAUACAGAGAUUCUAAAGGUCAUAGAGAUGAAGACUCACCUGGAGCACCUGCAGACUAUGGUUCUGCACCAAAAGGCUGAGGCAAGAUCCUUGGAGAUGAUGCAGGGUCAGCAGGCAGCCAGUGAGCGUCGUCUGCAGCUGCAGAACUUGGCUAUGGAACAAGCACAUGAAGAUGCAGGCGCUCGGAGACUAUUGGCAGCCCAGCAGGCACAGCACGCUAGGGAGUUUGAGGACCAACGCCAGGCUGACAGCUCCUGGCCUAGGGAUGACAUCUUGCGACAUGGUUUUGAGAUAGCAAGAGAAAGGGAGAUGCUAAGAGAAAGAGAGAUUGCUAGAGAAAGGGAGAUUGCUAGAGAAAGGGAGAUUGCUAGAGAGAGGGAGAUUGCAAGAGAGAGGGAGAUAGCAAGAGAGAGGGAGAUGGAAAGAGAGAGGGUGAUGAUAAGAGAGAGGGAGGUAGAAGAGAGAAGGCAGCGAGAAGAAUUUGAAGCAGUCCGUGCUCAGGCGAUUAUUGCAGACCGAUUAAAACAGAUGUCAGAAGUCAAGGCAAAUUCUAAUCGUGGAAGGCACUUGCAGAAGAAUACUCGCAUCAACUCACAACAGGUGUCCCCAUUUGCAACAAAUUUGGCUGAGAAAACAGGCAGGGCAGACAACCGUAACAUAAUGCCAUUUGGUGAUGCCCCACCUACCCAGGGCCUUCUGGGUGCUGCACCUGAUGCAGCUGCUGGUAGAAAUAAAGGUGUUCCAGAUGUGGACAGACCAGGCACAGGCAGGUCAGAGUUGCAGAAGGAACGAUAUCCCCAGAGAGCACCACAGCCUGGCCAGAACUAUAGGGAGGACAAAAGAGAAUCUGAAAACACGAGAUUUCCAGGAAAGCGUCCAAGAUGGAACAAUGAACAAGACAUGGAAUAUGGUUACAACGCAGUUAAUACAAUGGACCUGGACCCCGAUAGAAACGACAGACCUUUAGAUUUCAACAGACCUCGGCCUAGACUGUCAGCAGAACAGGCUUUCAAGCAAGACAUUGAAAGAACUAAGGCAGUUCUAACUACCCGCCAAGAUACAGGUAGGCACUCCAAAUCUGGGGGCCUUUUAGACCUGCCGAGAUCACACUUUGAGGACGUCAGAGAAAGACACGCUCUGCCACUGCAGUUUGGUAAAAAUGCGGUGAAGAAGACACCACUUGAGAUAGAAGAAGAGCGACGAAGAAGUGCAGAACUGAACCUGACCACAGGGAUGGAGAGAAACGCACGAAACUUUGGUGGUUUACAGCCAUCUGCUAAAAAAUUUCCUGGUGUUGGCGGUGUCAAAGGUCAUAGUGGAGUGGAGAGGACGGACUACGGUGGUGCACGAGAUGUAGCCAGUAUCAGGGCAUCCAGGGAGGACUUGCAAAGAGGUGGAACUAAUGUGAGAGGUGCUCAGAGAGGCAGGCCGUUUAACAGAGGGCAGCUUCCAUCUCAGCUGAAUAAAAAGAUUCAGCCACUAGAACAUGUUGAUACAACAGAAUACAAUGUUCCUUGGAGGAGAGCUCAGCAGGAUACAGUCAGAGCCCAAGAUGAGCAAGCAUGGCCAGAAGUACGAGGAGGCCAGGAGCUUUACGAGUACGACCAGGAAGGUUAUGGACAUUCAUAUCCAGAAACUGAUGCUAAUUACAACAGGAAAAAUGAACAAAGAAGACCUGCAGCUCGAGGUGGCUACCGGGCAUCUCAAGAAUACAAGGUGCAGGCUGAAGUGGCAGCACUGAAAGCAAAGCCUUUACUGGCUUAUGGAGAAGAGCAGGUAGAAGGUUACUAUGGUGCAAAAGCACUGAAGAAACCUUAUGAAGCCAGAGAGAGCUUCCAGAGAGGUGAAGCAGAUUAUGAGUUAAAUUAUGGCGAGUAUGAAGAGCAAGACUAUGCUGCAGAGACUGGAUAUGGCCAAGAGAGUGCAAGACCUGCAGGCAGGGGAAGACAGGUGGCUCAGGCAAGAGAACAGAGGGCUGGAUUACUGGCUGGCAGAGGAGGCAGGACAUUGGCAGCAAGAGGCGGCGGAGGGUUGGCAGCUAGAGGCGGUGGAGGGUUGGCAGCUAGAGGCGGAGGAAUGGCUGCGAGAGGUGGGCAUGCCAGUUUUGAGAGGCCUGUCGAGUCAGCACAAGGAAGAGGGGGGCACAGCUUGCGAGGUGGAAGGCUAUCAGAUGCGAGAGGCGAUGGUCUUCUUCCGACCCCCAAACAGUUAGAAGAUCCUUACUAUGAAGAAGGGAAUGGCGAGACCUACCCUGAACAGACUGGUGAUGAUUUUAGCCACUUCCAAGCACAGCAUGUGGCUAGAAGUAGAAUACAGCCACAGCUGGCUCAGCCACACCAACGCUUGGCCCAGUCCAAUCAACUGCUAGGUCAGAGAAGUGGAGUCAACUUCUACUAG